AUGAGUACAAAUCAAAAAUCGAACAGAGCAACAAAAUCUGGUUUUGCUCAUGAAGCUAAUGAAAAGGUUCAAGCUAAAUAUGAUGUCGAACAAGCUCAAGAAGCGUUACGAUGGAUAAGUGAUCUCACUGGUGAACAAUUUGAUAUAAGUGGGCAAAAAGAUAAUUUUUAUCAACAACUGAAAGAUGGAAGAAAAUUAUGCCAGUUAAUGAAUGUUUUAAAUCCAAAUAGCAUAUCAAAAAUUAAUCCUGGUGAAAAUUCAUUCAAAUUGAUGGAAAAUAUUUCAAAAUUUACAACAGCAGCUAAAAAUUAUGGUCUGUCUGAUUCUGAAACAUUUCAAACUGUUGAUCUAUUUGAACAAAUGAAUCUUCAUCAAGUGUGCUUAUGUUUGCAUGCACUCGGAAGAAAGGCACAAAAGAAAGGUUUAUCUGGACUUGGUCCAAGAGAAGCUGAAAAAAAUGAAAGAAAUUUUUCAGCCGAAACACUAAACCAAGGCAAUUCGAUAAUAGGCGGUCAAUUAGGAUUUAAUAAAGCUCGUUGA